UUUUACGCACCUCCUGGUGUGUUUUUUUUUUUCAAUUAUUAUUUUAUUUUAUCACUUAUGAAAAUUCCUCUGAAGUCCCCGUGGAGAGAACUGCGACACUUUCACAGCAUCAUCAUAUUAUUACGCGUACAAUGGGACUCCCGGGGCCCCUUUUGUCGCCUGGGCAGAACAGUAGCCAGCGUGGUGGAUCUCAGGUUACAGACGGAGGGGCCUCCUCUUCUCACCGAGGAGGAGGAGGAGGAGGAGGAGGAGAGGGAGCCUGCGGGGAUCAGAGCUCUUUUGUCCUCUCGCUUCGCCGACACAUGGGGUCAACAGAAUGGCUUCAGAGUGACGGGACUGCCUCGGACGCACGCAGACGCACGGCGAGGAGGAGAGAGCGCGCGCGCUAAUUAGGAAAACCUGGUCGAGCAAUUAAGCGCGAGGAGAGAAGACUGCGCAGAUCGGAGCGCAGAAGCUUUAAUUAAACUCUGGAGGCUGCUCCCUGGAGACGUGUGUGUGUCCACGUAACGCGUUUUUCUUCUUCUUCUUCUGAUUUUUUUGGGGGGGUUUGAUUCUGCGCGUGCCGGAGAGCGGUGAGUCGAGCUGCUUUAGCUCCUCGGUCACCUCGGCACCAUGAGCUGGAGCUUCCUAACCCGUCUGCUGGAUGAGAUCUCCAACCACUCCACCUUCGUGGGGAAGAUCUGGCUGACUGUGCUCAUCAUCUUCCGCAUCGUGCUGACAGCCGUCGGCGGCGAAACCAUCUACUACGAUGAACAGAGUAAAUUUGUGUGCAACACGCAGCAGCCCGGGUGUGAGAACGUGUGCUAUGACGCGUUUGCGCCGCUCUCACAUGUUCGAUUCUGGAUCUUUCAGGUGAUUCUGAUCACCACCCCGACCAUCAUGUACCUGGGCUUUGCCAUGCACAAGAUUGCAAGAAUGGAUGACAGUGAGUACCGGCCAGUUCGGACCCAGAAGAAGAGGAUGCCCAUCGUCAGCCGCGGGGCAGUUCGAGACUACGAGGAGGCAGAAGAUAACGGAGAGGAAGACCCGAUGAUCGCCGAAGAGAUCGAGCAAGACAAGCCCGACAAGGCAGAGAAAAGCGCAGAGAAAAAGCACGACGGUCGUCGGCGGAUUCUCCGUGACGGUCUGAUGAAAGUCUACGUGUGCCAGCUGCUGUGGCGCUCUGGCUUCGAGAUCGCCUUCCUUUUCGGCCAGUACAUCCUCUACGGCUUCGAGGUGAUCCCGUCCUACGUCUGCACUCGCUCUCCGUGCCCGCACACUGUGGACUGCUUUGUGUCCCGCCCCACGGAGAAGACCAUCUUCCUGCUGGUGAUGUACGUGGUGUCCUUCCUCUGCCUGCUCCUCACCUUCUUUGAGAUCAUCCAUCUGGGGGUCGGCGGCAUCCGCGACACCUUCCGAAGGCGGGCCACCCUCAACUCGCGCACCCCUCGUCCAUCCACCGGGCGUGCGAUGCCCACAGCUCCACCUGGAUACCACGCCACCAUGAAGAAGGAGAAACUGAAAGGAGAGCUGAGGGACUCGCCGCUGGGGGACUCCGGGCGGGAGAGCUUCGGUGAUGAGGGGCCGUCGUCCAGGGAGCUGGAGCGGUUGAGGAGGCACCUGAAGCUGGCCCAGCAGCACCUGGACCUGGCCUACCAGGCGGAUGAAGGAAGCCCUUCACGGAGCAGCAGCCCCGAGGUCAACACGGCUGCACAGACGGCCGCCGAGCAGAACCGCCUCAACUUUGCCCAGGAGAAGCAGGGAGAGGCGAGCGAGAAAGGAAUACAUGCCUGAGCGUGCUUCCUGCCUCAAACGUCUGCCCUUCCAUUCCUACUGGCCUUUAAACACAUGGGGGAAGCACAUAUGGGAGUGCAGUCAGACCACUGAGGGAGACCAGAGUGUGUGUGUGUGUGUGUGUGUGUGUGUGUGUGUGUGUGUAUGUGUGUGUUUGUGUGUGUGUGCAUGAGAGAAUUAUGCCUUUCAGUAUUAGGGGGGUCAGUCGAGAAAGAAAAGGAAAAAAUGCUGACCAAGCUGCGUUGUGACAAAUGGUUCUUCUCCACGACUCUAAACUUGAAAGCCCGCUCCAGCUCGAGUUUCUACUUGCCGAACCACGUCCAAGCCUUCGACUGCGUGCCUCUCGGCUAAAAAACCCUAGUCUACACCCUGUUCUUUCGCCCACUCUGUGUUUUUGUGGCUCGUCCGUUUUUUUUAAGACCUUUUUUUUUUUGUGUUUGUUUUUCUUUUGCGAGGGAUUAUCAAAAAGCUUUAAAACUCCCCUGGCCAAGUCUGCUUCUGUUGUCUCCCCUCACAAAAGGUAGAAAGAGAAAAGAGAGGCUCUCUGUUUGGAAGAUGUCGCCGAAUGUUAACGUCUCAUUGUGUUGGCCACAGAGACAGACAGAGUCUCAAACAACACAGCCGUGGGUUAUGUCAUUUCUGGAGCGUGUGCAGCAGCGGGGAUUUUUUGUUUUUGUUUUUUUUUUUCCUUGUGAAACGAGGGCGGCUUAACCUGUGCUAGACGAGUCAUGCACCAUGUUUAAUUUAAACAGAUUUGAUGGAUUAUUGGUGUGUUUGGUUUUUUUUUUUUUUGUUGUUGUUGUUUUUUUCAUUUGCCAGAUGCCACAACAUUUCAGAAAUAUUUGACAGAAUUUUGAAGCCUGUAUAUUUUCUCCAAUCGGCCAAAAUGUUUACCUGGGAAAUGCUUGAAUUCUUUUGACAGGAAAUGUUCCGAGGAAUUUCCAAUCAUCACUUUUUGUACAAUCGGUUCAUUCGAAAUAACGACGUCUUGACCAAAGCUAUAGAUUUAUUUGCCUAGAAGCAGUUGGUACGUGAGGUAAAUCCCUGUCUGUCUGAAAUUAUGUAAAUAAAAAUGAUUUUCAGUGUUCGUGCAGAAAGAUUUAAAACAAUAUCACUUUAUGAAUUUAUUUUUUUUAGUGAAACAGCUGGAAACAUCUGUCUUCUGGGCUACUGUCAACACUGACAUUCCACCCUUGUCUUUUUUUGAAAAUUUACAUUCUUCUUUGGUGAGACAUAUUUUUCCGUCCUUGACGUGCACCACUACCCCUCCGUUGUGCUGAAACGUCGAUGCUUUCGUGCAUCCUGGAACAAAAAAAAGAAAAGAAACGGGAGUUAAAAAAAAAAAAAAAAAA